CAGUAGUUCUGCUUCUAGUUAAUAUUUAAUUUUAGUCUAAAACACUGUUUUCUUUUGUCACAGAAGUGUUAAAGGUCACAUCUACAUUUCAGAAAGAAACUGAAAUGCUGCUUUUUCCCCAUUAUGUUUUCAGUAAAAUCCUACGAAGCUUCUCCCAACAGGCUAAUAUUUCACCAUCUUCCCUGUCACACUGCCCUGAAUGUGUGUGUGUGUGUAGGCAUGUAACUCGAUACAGUUUGCCCUCCCGUGCUCUGUGUUAGGGAGCUGAUCACUCUCUGUCUGCUAGUCUCCUGUGCUUAUACCUGCCUGCUGACAAUGAGGGCUAAAGCCUCAGACAUGCACAGCAAGGACUGUGUCAAAGUGGCCGUCAGAGUCCGACCGUUCAACAAGAGAGAGAGGGAUGCAGGCAGCCGCUGUGUUGUCUCCAUGGUGUCGAGCUCCAUCACCAUCCAGGACCCGCGUGACUCCCAGAACCGGCGCUCGUUCUGCUUUGACUACGCCUACUGGUCUCACAGCGGCUUCACGCGUGACCGCAGCGGCCUGUAUGUGCCCGAGGAGCCAGGGGGACGGUACGCUGACCAGGACAGUGUGUUCCAGGACCUGGGAGAAGGAAUACUGGAGAAUGCACUACAGGGUUACAAUGCCACGCUGCUGGCCUAUGGGCAGACCGGCUCUGGGAAGAGUUACUCGAUGGUGGGCUACGGGCCAAACAAAGGCCUGGUUCCUAAACUCUGUGACCGACUGUUUGAGGCCAUUAGAGACAACCAGGAGACCAGGCAGUGUCAGGUCUUUUUCAGUAUGAUGGAAAUCUAUAAUGAGCAGGUAAUUGACCUGCUGUCUCGGGGGUCUCGAACUCCAGGGGGGCUCAGAGUUAGAGAGGAGCAGCAAAGAGGCUUCUAUGUAGAAGGUCUCCGCACGAUUCCCUGUGACAGCUCACCACAGGUGGAGCAGUUGAUGGAACAGGGAACCAGGACUCGAACCACAGCUGCCACUCAUAUGAACGCCAAUAGCAGUCGCUCGCACAUGCUGAUCAUCCUCCAGCUCAAACAGAUCUUUUCCAAAGAGAGCAUCACAAAGCAGUCCAACAUUAAUCUAGUAGACCUGGCUGGCAGCGAGCGUCAGCGGUCGUCUGGAUCAGAGGCCGACAGACUCAAAGAGGGCACAGCCAUCAACCUGAGCCUCACCACGCUGGGCAACGUCAUCAGUGCUCUUGCUGAUGUGGCGGUGGGGAAGAGGGUCAUCCAUAUUCCAUACAGAGACUCAGUUCUCACCAAGUUGCUGCAAUCUGCACUGGGGGGCAACAGUCGCACUGUUAUGAUUGCCACCCUGAGCCCUGCUGAUAUCUGCUAUGAGGAGUCUCUCUCAACCCUGCGCUAUGCUGAGAGAGCAAAGCGUAUCCAGAACCGGGCGGUGGUGAACGAGAGCCCCACUGAGCGCCUGGUCAAAGAGCUGAAGGCCGAGAACGCCAGACUGCUGCAGCGACUGAGCCGGCUGGGCCAGGAGGGACGCAGAGCUAACGAUGAGACCAAGGAGCUUCGUCAGCUGCUGACCCACAAUGAGCUCCAGAUCAGAGCCAUUCAAACUCUGUGGGAACAACACCUGCAGGAGGCGCUGAAGGACUGGGAGCAGCAGUACGCUAACAUCACACAGGAGAGGAGGAUGAUGCAGAUGCAUCCCUACAUCCUGAACAUCAACGAGGAUGCUCAGCUGUCUGGGGUGGUGAAGCUUUUCAUCCAAGAGGGUGAGUGGGAUAUCGGCCUGUGUGACUCUUCUCCACGGUCCAUCUCUAUCAAGGGCCUGGGGAUCCAGGAGCGACACGCCGUGUUCAGGAACGAACAGCGUCGUGUAACACUGACCCCGCAGCCAGGGUCAAAGGUCAUCGUCAAUGGCCAUGCUGUUUCCCAGGCAACAGAGCUGCAGCAUCUGGACCGUCUCAUUCUCGGCUCCAACAGUACCUACCUGUUCAUCGGUUACCCGUCGGAGCGGGGCGGGGAUGACUGGAGCCGCUACGACUACGACUACUUCCAGUCUGAGCUGGCUGCUGCUGAGGGCAUCCACCUCGGUGAGUCCAGCGCUGGGUCCAGUCAGACAGACCCCAGUCUUCUGGCCGUUUUCUACGACUACAUCAAACUGAUGCCCAUGGUGACUGAGGCCAACCAGAUGAGCCAGGAGCUGAACAAGGGGGUGGAGUUUAAGUUGGAAAUCAAGAAUCUGGCGCUGUCUGAUUCAAAAGGCCACGAUCUGGAGAAAGAGAUUGUUGUCAGAGUCACCUUUAUGGGAAGAAAACAAGUAUGGAUGUGGUCCAAGGCCAAGUUUGUGAACCGGAAAUUCCUGAUGGAGGAGCUCUACCAGCAGCAUCAGGCUGAGCAGAGUGGAUCCAGUAGAGUAGAAGGGCUGUCUGCGGCUGCGUUACCCAGAGAUAAAGACCCGUUCUGGGAUCCAGUGGAGCCUUUGCUCCUGGGCACUGCUCACCUCUGGCUUCAGUCUCUGGCCUUCCGUAUCCCUCUGGAAGAGCAACUGGAGGUGUUGGGGUCAGAGGGCACAGAAGAGGCCGUUCUACAAGCACAGCUGGUUCCUUGCAACUCUACUGGACUCCCACUUGGUGAAGAUGACAUUCUGAUCGAUCCAUCUGAGUUACUGGGACGACGACUGGACUUCCAGCUGGUCCUGGAACAGUGUUGUGGCCUGCGCUGGAUCAGAGAGGCCCGCAAUAGAGGGGUUCAGUUUGGUUUCAGGUUGUUUGACUGCAGUCAGCCUCUUUACACUCCAGCCGUGUGGCACAAUGUCAACCCUCUGCUGGAUCACAGAGUCCACUUCGCCUCCCUCCACACCUCCCAACGUCUGCUGGACUACCUGCAGAGCAGCGCUGUGGUGCUGGAGCUCUGGGGCCUUCAGGAGGGUUGUACAGACUUGGCAUCGUCUCUGGAGGGAGUGAGGAUGACUACAGAGGGUGUCUUCAUCAUCGAUGAGACAGGCCCGACAGACAGUACACCUGUAAACUCUGCAGACCUCGGCUGUUCAGUGCAAGCUCUUCAACAGGACUUGGAAGAACUAAAGAGUGUUAAUGCAUCCCUGAGGAAAGAAAAUGACAGUCUGAGGGAACAACUCAAUACAGCCAGGAACGGUGGUGAGAGUGCGCGUGGUCGGUUGGUGCGUCCCAGCUGUGAUGCAGAGUUUGCUCGUGCUCUCAAGGUUUUCUACCACAGCAUGACCUCAGUCAGGGGUCAGCUACAGCGUCUGCGUAGACACAGGCCCAGUGAGGAGUCUGACCUGCUGGGACUCAGACUGUUUGUAGAUGAGCAGAAUCGUCUGCUCAGAGACUUCUCAGAGCAGCUGGAACAGAGUGUCUCCGCACUCAAACAAGACGUUGCCGCCAUCGUCCGCCGGAAACGAGAACGAUCGGGAAUCUGGUCUUGAUUGAGCAACGGUUGUUGCACAGAUUCUCACAAAGUAUGAAGGUGAACGUCUCUGGUUAUUCUUUAUUUUACAACACUGCAGAGAUUUCCAGUGGCAAGUGUGUGUAGGAUGAAGACAGAUUGUGGAAACUUGCUUAACUGUGCUUUAAUGUUACUGAUUGCAAAAUCCUCCAGAAGCUUUAGGGAAACAAAUAGAUUAAGAUUAGUCAUAUUAUUCUUUAAAACAGGUGGUAUUCAGAUGUCUUAACCACUCAACCACCUGUAGCAAGAUCAGUCAGCUAGAAUAAAUAUGCGACAUAAUUAAAAAUAAACCAAAUCAACACAAUAACAUCAAAAGCACUAAAGUCUAUAAAACGUUUAUUAGACUGCAUGUAAAAGAAAUCAUUACAGUCCCAAACUGCAAAUAAAUUAAAAGGCAAAUACAACUCAAGUUUCAGAAUUCACAAUAGUAUUAUGUUUUUUAACCAUUAUUGAUAAUGUUUCAUACUUUGAAGCUGCAGUUCACUCUGAAGCACAGUAUGACAUUAUGACAACAGGACAUCAGAAAUCAAGACGGUUCUUCUUCCUCAUGUCUGGUUGUGGGGGACUGAUAAGAAGAAUGAGAGAUUUCCUUUUUCAUUGUGUUGAGUUUAAAGAUGUAAAUAUUUAACACAGCAUCCCUCACUAUAAUGUCCAAUUCAGAGGUAAAAGCACAACGGUUAAUGUUUGUAAGCAGUCAAGACUCGCAACAGUACAGACAGUUGCUGUAGGUCCAAAAAAAGAUUAGUGUGGGCACAUUUACAGGAGGAGAGGCAGAAGGCAGAUGUGAGGCAGAUUAGUCAUCACAUAGGACAGAAACUCUAUGUACAACAGAUAACACAGGCAGACAGGUUGACAGUAGGCAGUUGGUCAUAAGGAACUUAAAACAGGUGCAGAGAGACAAACAUAAACUGACACAGGAGGAGGGAGGCAGCAGUGAAAGGCCAGAGAGUCAGAUAGGUAACAUUUGAACUGAAGAGGUAGACUGGAAAAACACAAAGCCAACUGUGGGACCACAAACAGCUAGCCACAGAUACCCUACUGAUCUGUGUGUGUGUGUGUGUGUGUGUUGAUGAUCAUGGCAGAACCUAUGAGUCAAUUAAAGUCUGUCUGGUUUGUGUUAAAUUUUACAGUAGCUCAGAUUCCUCAAAAAUAAGCACCAUUUCUACUGAACUGAAUUAAUGUGUUGAGCUGAGGACUACUUUCUACUGUUCAAAAAGCACCCGAUAAUGUGUAGUUGUGUAUGUGUAUGUGUGCACACAUAGGUACAGAGAAGGCUGAAGGUAGAGGUGAGGUAGGUUAAGUGGAUCUUGAGGGAAUGGGGAAUGAAACACAAACUAAAACAGUGACAAUAUACACUUCCUGUAACAUUUACGCAACAAGUGUAAAAUAAAUGUCAGAGAACGUAUAGA